UCAGUGGCCAUCCCCAGACUUCCUGAGGGAGUGUCCUCUCAGAGAGGCAGAGCCAGAGGCCAGAGGAUCCCAGGACAGGACAGUCCCCUGAGCCCCAAGAUGCUGUUCCUGGCCCUGCUGCUGCUUCAGUUGGGGACGGCUGAGCCUCUGUGUCCCCCAGGGUCCCUGCAGAAGAAUCAGUCUUUCUGGCUGCAGAUGCAGAAGGCGGUGACAGUGCAGGAGGGCCUGUGUGUGCUUGUGUCCUGCUCCUUCUCCUACCCCAAGGCUGGCUGGAAGCACUCCACACCUACCUACGGCUCCUGGUACAAGACACAGAAGAAUUUCAAACCUGAUGCAAAAGACAAUGAUCUCGUGGCCACAAACAACCCAGACAAGAAAGCAAAAGUGAAGAACAAACUUCAUUUCCGCCUCCUCGGAGACCCCCAAUCUAACAACUGCUCCUUGAGCAUCUCCGAGGUCCAGAAGGACGACAGUGGAACAUACUAUUUUCAUCUAGAGCAAGGAGAUGAGAAUCACAGUUACAAGAAAUUGCUCACCCUGACUGUCACAGAGUUGACCCAAACCCCAGACAUCCACAUCCAGGAGCCCCUACAGUCGGGCCACCUUAGCCAUGUGACAUGCUCCAUGCCUGGGGCCUGUGACUGGCCCACGGCCCCCCGUAUCACCUGGGCUGGGGCUGCCCUGAGAGCAGCGGGGUCAGGCCUGGAGCCCUCCACCUCGGAGAUCCUGCUCAUGCCCCACCCGGAGGACCAUGGCACCCACCUCUCCUGCCGAGUGACCUUCCCCAGGGCCGGCGUGUCUUCAAACAGAACUGUGCAGCUCAGCGUGUCCUAUGCUCCCCAGAACCUGACCAUCAGCAUCUCUGGAGCAGGUGACCCAGCCCCAGUGGCCCAGGGAAAAUUCUCACAUCUGGAAGUCCAGAAAGGCCAGUUCCUGCGUCUCCUCUGUGCUGCUGACAGCCAUCCCCCGGCCACUCUGAGCUGGGUCCUGGAGGACAGAGUCCUCUCCUGGUCCUCCCCCUUGGGCCCCAGAACCCUGGAGCUGCAGCUGCCCGUGGUGAAGCCUGGAGAUUCGGGGCUCUACACCUGCCAAGCAGAGAACAGGCUGGGCUCCCAACAGGGCACCCUGGACCUCUCUGUGCAGUUGUCCUGGGCUGGAUCCUCUGCCCAGAGGGAAGCCCCAGCCCAUCUGGAGCUGGUUCCUGUCUCCAUUGCAGAUCCUCCAGAGGACCUGAGGGUGACGGUUUCCCAAGAAAAUAGGACAGUCACGGAAGUCAUCAGGAAUGGCACGUCCUUCCCAGUCCUGGAGGGCCAAAGCCUGCGCCUGGUCUGUGUCACCCCCAGCAACCCCCCAGCCAGGCUGAGCUGGACCUGGGGGACGCAGACCCUGAGCCCUGAGUGGCUUUCCGAUGCUGGGGUCCUGGCGCUGCCCCGGGUGCAGACAGAGCAUGGAGGAGAGUUCACCUGCCAUGCCCGCAGCCCCCUGGGCUCCCAGAACCUCUCCCUGAGCCUCUCUGUGCACUACCCCCCACGGCUGCUGGGACCCUCCUGCUCCUGGGAGGCCCAGGCUCUGCUCUGCAGCUGCUCCUCCCGCGCCUGGCCGGCCCCCGCCCUGCACUGGCGGCUGGGGGAGGGGCUGCUGGAGGGGAACAGCAGCAAUGCCUCCCUCGGGGUCACCUCCAGCUCCGCGGGGCCCUGGGCCAACAGCUCCCUGAGCCUCCACGAGGCGCUCAGCUCCGACCUCAGGCUGAGCUGUGAGGCCCAGAACGCCCAGGGCACCCAGAGCGCCACCGUCCUGCUGCUGCCAGGGAAGCCAGAGCUCAGGGGAGUCCUGCUGGGGACACUGGGGGCUGCUGGUGGGGCCGCUCUACUCUCCCUCUGUGCCUGCCUCGUCUUCUGGUUAAAGACUCGCAGGAAGAAAGCUGCCAGCCCAACAGGAACUGCACAACAGGACACCCCCGUUGACCUGGGCCCUGUCUGUGGGGGUCCCAAGGAUGCAUCCUGGUUGGACAGCCCCUCAUAUGGUCCCACCCCCACUGAGGCCACGCUGGCCAUGGGAGAGGAGCCAGAGCCCCAGGAGCUGCACUACGCCUCCCUCAGCUUCCUGGAGUUUGAGCCUCGAGAGCCCAAGGUGCAGGAGGCCAGGAGCAGGACAGAAUACUCAGAGAUCAAGAUCUGCAAUGGUGGCCUCCAGGAGCAGCCGGAUGUCCCGGGGAGAGAGACACCAGGGACAAUUCCUAGAUCAGCAGUUCUCCAGGUGCACAGGAAGUGGAGCAGCACAGAGGAUGCCCCGCCCUGGUGCUGGGCGGAACAGGAGCCCCAGUUUCAGUCUCAUCACCCAACUUUGUGAGGAACCCAACUUUGAGCAAAUGACUUCACUCCUCACCUUGCUCCUCUGCAAAAUAGACCCCAUCAACCUAACUCACAGGACUGUCCUGGGCCAUCAAGAACAAACUGCCUCAAGGGGCUAGGGCUAUAGCUCAGUGGCUGAGCACUCGCUCACAUGCCUGAGGCACUGGGUUCGAUCCUCAGCACCACAUACGAAAAUAAAUAAAUAAAACAACGAUAUUUAAAAAAAAAAAGAAGAAGAAGAAAGAAAUGCCUCAAGCCCCCAAGGGACUGUGUCUGCUGAGAGGCCGUCGCCCAGAACCCCCUCCCAGGGCAGCGCGCUAGUGUGGAACCCACUGGGUCUGUCACCCUGGCCCAAUUGGGGUGCACCCUGCAGGAUGCCCUGCUUCUCAGUGCUCCAGAGCUCCGUUGGGCUGUCCCUGGGGUGUAGUAAUCUCCUGCUCACCUGCUUCUCCCUUCUGGCCUCCAGGCAUGUGAACUGCUAGGGGGACACCUUGUCCCUCCUUACCCCUCACGCCCAUCUCCACAGCUGCUUCCUGCAGCCCCACCUCUCCUUGGCACAGUCACUCCUGUUCAUCUGGAAUAAAUUAAAAGUGUGUAAACCGCUCA